CCCCAGAAACAAGCAAAGUCUUCUCCUCGAUUCCUCCGGAGCCUCUUUCAAUCAACAAGUUUAAAACGCUUGCCUCUGGUUCUACGGCGAUGGAAGAUUCUUUUGUCGCAGAGCCGCCGCCGCAGCCGAAUUCGGACGCGGAUGUUUUAUUGGACUCCGAUUGUCUUCAGGUUCCGCCUCUCGAUCAUUUUUUGGGCGAUCAAGACUUUGACCUACCCGAAAAUUUCGAUAUCGAGUUUUGCUUCGACGAUCUCGACGAUCUCGGAGACCUUUACUUCCCCUCCGAGAAUGAGUCAUUUCUCAUCCCUAACCAAUUCGACUCCACUAUAGCUCCUCUCCAGUGCGUUGAUUCGAACGCCGUUCAACCGAAAUACCAAGGUUUAUCUCCGAUCCCGAUUGAUCAAUCACUCUCUUCAGAUCCUAACCAGUGUUUCAGUUACGGCAGCCCCGAUAUCCCCAUUUCAGUGUCGCCUGAGUCAGGGAACUCUGCAUUUCCCGGUAAAAUUCCCUGCGAUCUGUCUGGCUGUGGCGUUAGUCAAUACCUGAAUUGUUCUUCGGAGAAAUUGGGAAAUUGCGGUCUUACUGAUUGUGGUCCAGCUAGGGGUUUUAAAGUUUCUUCUCCAGUGUCAUCUCAGGAUUCGAGGAAUAGCGGCUCUGGUGUGUCGGAAGCCACAAAUUCACCGUCAUCUCCAUAUUCUGGAAAUUUGGUAGUUGAUCAGAGGGUGAAGGAAGAAGGUUUGGGCAACAAUGGUAGCAUUACAAAGAGGAAGAAAGAGACUAGUGACGACACAAAUGGAGACUCGAGAACUACCAAGUCUCAAAGAUCAGAAAAUGGUAAUAAUACGAGUGUACAGGAACACUUGAGUGAAGAAGAAGAGAAGCGGAGGGCAAGGCUGGUGAGGAAUCGUGAGAGUGCGCAAUUAUCAAGGCAGAGAAAGAAGCACUACGUGGAAGAGUUAGAGGACAAGGUGCGAUCUAUGCAUUCUACAAUUGCAGAACUGAAUGGCAAGAUUUCCUAUUUUAUGGCCGAGAAUGCAAGUUUGAGGCAGCAGUUGAGCAGCAGCGGCAUGUGUCCGCCACCUUCAGGAAUGUACCCACCAAUGGGGGGGCCUAUGGCUUAUCCCUGGGUUCCUUGUUCGCCUUAUUUGGUUAAACCACAAGGUUCUCAGGUGCCCUUGGUCCCAAUUCCUAGGUUGAAACCACAACAGCCUGUUUCGGCAACAAAGGUGAAAAAGACUGCAAGUAAGAAGAGCGACGGUAAAACUAAGAAAGUUGCUGGUGUUAGUUUUCUGGGUCUGUUGUUGUUUAUCUUUCUAUUUGUUGGAUUAGUGCCUAUUGUGAAUGUAAGAUUUGGAGGAUCAAGGGAGAAUGGUCCUGGUGGGUCUGGUGUUGCAAGUCAUAGUUUCUAUGAUCAGCAUAGAGGGAGGGUCUUGGAAGUCAACAGUCAUUUAAAUAGUUCCCAUGAAAAUUUUGGCAUGGGAUAUAUUGAUGAGAAACUCCAUGUAGGUAAUAAAGCACACUGCCAAAGAGGUCAUAUGGGAGGAUCAGAGAAGGAGAGAGGAUCACAACCUCUCUCUAGUUCAGAAGAGUUUGUCCAUUUGGGCAAUUCUAGUGAGCCACUCGUUGCAUCCCUGUAUGUCCCAAGAAAUGAUAAACUUGUGAAGAUUGAUGGAAACCUGAUAAUUCAUUCUGUUCUGGCCAGUGAGAGGGCUAUGGCCUCUCGAAAGGCUCCUGAAAAGAAGAAUAACGUGGAGACUGGUUUGGCCAUUCCUAGAGAUUUGGCCCCAGCUUUUGCAAUUCCUGAUGUUGGAAGCCACAAAGGUAGGCAUUCUCGAGCUUAUGGAAAUCGAAUAGAAGGGCAGAGAGCUCUUACUUUUGGGUCUGCUGAUGCUUCGAAGGAUCAUUUGAAGUCAUCUGCAGCUGAUGGAAAAAUGCAACAGUGGUUUCGUGAAGGCCUUGCUGGGCCCAUGUUGAGUUCUGGAAUGUGCACUGAAGUAUUCCAGUUUGAUGUCUCUUCCGCAUCUGCUGGAGCCAUUAUUCCAGCUUCUUCAGUUGCGAGUAUCUCUGCUGAACACAAUCAGAAUGUAACUCGUCUCAACAAGAGAAAGACUAGAAGGAUUCUUCAUGGUCUUCCUGUUCGUUUUACUGAACCAAAUCAUAAUAUUAUUGGAGAGCAUGUUGGAAGGAAUGCUCAGGAAGGCAAUUUUCAGCCUAACAAAUCCGUUUCUUCUAUGGUUGUCUCUGUCCUUGCUGAUCCAAGGGAAGUUGGUGACAUCGAUGUGGAUGGUAUGAUCGCUCGAAAAUCACUUUUGCGGAUUUUUGUUGUUUUGCUUUUAGACAAUGUUAAAUAUGUUACAUAUUCCUGUGUGCUUCCCCGAGCUGGUCGUCCUCUAGUUACAGCUUGAGGAUGGAAAGCAGUUGGGAGUUCUUGAAUGACAGCUAGGUGCACCUUUUUUUACCCCAUUUUUGUAAAUGAUAGAAUACUCUUAACUUCAUUAUACACUUUGGAUGCUCUUAACUAUGAGUAAUAUAUACUUUUUGUACUGUUAGAACUAUAA